CAAAAGUAUUGCUAGAAACAUAGCAAAGAAGAGAACACCAGUUGAGUGUGCAAGAACGUUGACAAACUAUGAGAUGCAACGGGAAGAACAAAUUGAGCUGAACAAGGAAAGGAUGCGCCAAUUGAAUAUUCCGCUUAUCUCUGAAUCACUAUCAAGUUUGGUGGACAGCAAAGGUACGAGAAAGAGAAAGGACAAGCCUAGAAAUGAUCCUAACUAUGAUCCUAAUGAAGAAAUCAAUUCUUUAGAGGUCACAGAAAGGGUAAGCAUGGUGAAGAAGAAAAAGCAAAAGUGCAUUGCACCAUUAUCACUUCACAGGGUUCUAAGGGACAAGAGACCUCAAGGAAUGUCAGCAUAUAAACCAAUGGACCAAAAUCAAUCUCAGAAAAAGGUCACAACACACGAUGUGCCUAACAAUGAUGUUCCUGUGAAGAAAGUUGCGCAUAACAAUGUUGUUCCAAAACAAUCUACAGAGAAUAACAAAAAAAAGAGUCCACCAUGUCAUGCAGUUAUCAAUAUGGCUGAGUUUUUAAGGAAAAAAUGUGAAGAGCCAGG